AUGCUCAAUAAUAUUAGUAGUCGAACAGUUUCUAUCAUUCGUCAGUGUUUAAAACCAUCGUUUACCGUUCAAUUACAGAAUGCAUCGACAAAAGCUCGAUUUAACUACGAAGAUGCGCUUGAUCUGGAAUCUCAACUAACUGACGAUGAACGAUUGGUACGUGAUCAAUUUCGCAGUUAUUGCCAAGAAAAAUUAAUGCCAAGAAUUAUUGAAGCCAACCGAAAAGAAAUUUUUCAUCCGGAAAUCAUGCGCGAACUAGGGGAAAUCGGUGUUCUCGGUCCUACGAUUCACGGCUAUGGGUGUGCUGGUAUUUCAUACGUUGGAUAUGGCUUAUUAGCUCGAGAAGUUGAGCGCGUUGAUAGUGGUUAUCGUUCGGCAUUUAGUGUCCAAUCGUCACUUGUUAUGUUCCCAAUUAAUGAAUAUGGAUCAGAGGAACAAAAAGAAAAAUAUUUACCUAAACUAGCCACAGGCGAAUUGAUCGGUUGUUUUGGGUUGACGGAACCAAAUCAUGGUUCAGAUCCCGGUUCAAUGCAAACUCGAGCAAAAUGGGAUGAGAAGCAACAAGUUUACAUCUUAAAUGGCACAAAAUCUUGGAUUACAAAUUCCCCUAUUGCUGAUGUUGCUGUUGUCUGGGCUAAAUGUGACGACAACGAAAUUCGUGGAUUCAUUUUGGAAAGAUCAAUGAAAGGAUUCAGUACACCGAAAAUUGAAGGCAAAUUUUCGCUACGUGCUUCGAUUACUGGCCAGAUUGCUAUGGAUGAUGUUCACGUGCCAAAAGCGAAUCUAUUGCCCAAAGUUCAAGGUUUGAAAGGUCCGUUCGGCUGUUUAAAUAACGCUCGAUAUGGUAUUGGCUGGGGUGCAUUAGGUGCUGCUGAAUUCUGUUUACAUGCUGCGCGACAAUAUACCAUUGAACGGAAACAAUUCGGUCGACCAUUGGCACAAACUCAACUGAUCCAAAAGAAAUUCGCUGAUGCAUUAACCGAGAUUUCGAUUGGUCUUCAAGCCUGUUUACGUGUAGGUCGUUUGAAAGAUGAAAAUCGAGCAGCGCCUGAAAUGAUCUCGUUAAUCAAACGAAAUUCUUGUGGUAAAGCACUUGACAUUGCUCGUCAAUGCCGAGACGUUCUUGGCGGAAAUGGAAUCUCAGAUGAGUAUCAUAUUAUUCGACAUGUGAUGAAUUUAGAAGCAGUGAACACUUAUGAAGGCACACACGACAUUCACGCCUUGAUCCUCGGUCGCGCUAUAACCGGCUUACAAGCAUUCACCUCCCCAACAGCAAAGACAGCAAUCUGA